CCACACAAAAAACCCUCCCAAUCCACACAUAUAACAACAUUCCCUCCAUAAAAACCAACAUGUAAAACACCUCACUCUCUCUAGUCUCUAUUACACAUUCUGGACGGCUCAGAUUUCAUAAAAUGGGAUGCGCCUCCUCGAAACGGGUAGAGGCAGCCGUAGAUUACAAGCCGGCGCCGGCGAGCUUCGCGGUCUUCAACAUCAACGGCAUCCAAGAGCCCUGGCUCGGCCUCGAGAAUACGACGUUGCAGCAGGAGGAAACCGAAAAACCAGUACACGUGCCCGCGCAAAUCCUCGACAAGCUCGAUGAGUCCGACGCCGCCGCCGCACCGCAAACGUGGGACGAGGUCAGUAAGGCCUUAGAGAACCUCAAGCCCAAUCUCAGCCCAAAGCCGAGCCCAGCACCGUCACCGGUGAUCAAGAAGGAGCCGGAAGAGGAGCGGAGGAAGCCGCGUAAGAGCUUGUCUUUUGACUCCUUCCACACUCUAGAAGAGCUCGACAACAAGCUCACCGCUCCGAAGACGGCCGGGUUGAAAAAGAGCGAGUCGAUGAAUUCCUUGCAGAGGAAGAAACCCGAACCAAUCAACCGGUCCCGCUCACCACUCGGAAUGCCAUCACCAGACACACAAACCCAAGCCGAGUCGACGGUGGGAUACAAGUCUGUGAAGGAGAACAUAUUUAUAAAGAGGGACAGAAUGGAGAGACAAAAAGAAGGGCAGGCGGCGGUGAUUGACAAGCUGAUAAGCCUGAGAGACCCUCUCAGCAACUACCCGGAGAAAUGUCCACCGGGGGGAGCCGAGUCCGUGGUGAUCUACACGACGUCGUUACGUGGGGUGCGGCGGACUUACGAGGACUGCCAGAGAGUGAAGUCGGUGUUCGAGGUGAACAGGCUGGUGUACGACGAGCGUGACGUGUCGCUGCACGGCGAGUUUCUGACGGAGCUGAAGGGUUUGGUGGGUGAGGGGCUGGGGGUGCCUAGGGUUUUUGUGAAGGGGAGGUAUGUGGGGGGAGUGGAGGAGGUGGUGGAGCUGAAUGAGAGUGGAGGGUUGGGGAGGAUAGUGAAGUGGGCACGUGUGGAGACAGGGGUGGGGCCGCAAGCGUGCGGGGGUUGCGGUGGGGCCAGGUUUGUGCCUUGUAUGGAGUGUGGGGGGAGUUGUAAGGUGGUGAUUGGGGAUAAGAAGGAGAGGUGUCCAAAGUGUAAUGAGAAUGGGUUGGUUUACUGUGUGGCUUGCUGGACUUUGACAUGAUCUAUAUCUAGUGGUUUUUAUGGGUUUCUUUCAGUUUUUUCUUUUUCCUUUGCUUAUGUUUUGGUUUAGUGGUGUCAUGAGUUUUUGAUUGGGUGUUCAGAACAAAAACAAAUAGAAAGGUCAUUUGUAAAGAAGAUUGGACUAUUUACAGUUUGUGUGCUGUUUUGGUAA